CUUGCUCUGUACAGCGUUGUCGGGCUUGUCGCCUCCAGUAUGGACGACACACUUCAGCCGCUCCUUCUCAACUUUAAGUCGGCUCUUUUUAUAGCCUUCUCCCUCUUGUAUGGUCCGCGGGUGGACGUCUGAGUGGAUUACGCCCGAGCCGAAUUUGCCGUGAUCUGUAUUUCAGCCCACCAAAGGUCCUUUUUUUUUUGUUUUAGUGUUUGUGGGAAGAAGAGCAACAUGCCCGUCCCAACUCUGUUACCUUUCACCGCCACUCCGAGUCGGAAGUCCGCCAGCCAGACCUCCUUCAGGCUGACCGAGAAAUUCAUCCUGCUUCUGGUCUUCAGCGGCUUUAUCACGCUGUGUUUCGGAGCUAUCUUCUUCCUGCCGGACUCCUCCAAGCUGCUCAGCGGAGUUUUCUUCCAUUCGUCCGCGGUGGAGACCAACACUCGCACGGGUCUGGACGGCGUCGGUGAGCCCGGCGUGCCGGGAAGCGAGGAGAAGGUCUUGGCCAAGAUCAAGAAGGACCACGAAAAAGCCCUGCUGGAGGCCAAAGAUACUCUUCAGAAACGUCCCGAUGAAAUCAAACAGGACAUUUUGAAGGAGAAGGAGAAAGUUGCCAAGGAGAGUUUGGGUCAAGGUGGGAAGACGACCAAUGAUUUACCUUACAUCGAGUACCGGCGGCCCCAGGGGGCCACUGGACACGAACCCCUGGAUCCUGUCAUAAAGGAAAAACGGGGGAAAAUCAAACAGAUGAUGAAACACGCGUGGGACAACUACAGACGUUAUGCCUGGGGUUCCAAUGAACUGCGGCCCGUCUCCAAGCAAGGCCACUCCAGCAAUCUGUUUGGAAGUAUCAAAGGAGCGACCAUCGUGGACGCUCUGGACACACUUUACAUCAUGGAAAUGUUUGAGGAGUUCGAUGCCGCCACUGACUGGGUGGAGAAGAAUCUCGACUUCAAUGUGAACGGCGAAGUGUCUGUCUUUGAGGUGAACAUCCGCUUCGUCGGAGGUCUGCUGUCGGCGUACUACCUGUCUGGGAAAGAGGUUUUCCGUAGGAAGGCAGUGGAACUAGGUGAAAAGUUGCUUCCAGCCUUCAAAACGCCCACUGGCAUCCCAUGGGCUCUGCUGAACCUCAAAAGUGGAAUUGGCCGAAACUGGCCGUGGGCGUCUGGUGGCAGCAGCAUCCUGGCAGAGUACGGAACGCUGCAUCUGGAGUUUAUGCACCUCAGCAAACUGUCGGAAAACCCAGAUUUCGCUCAGAAGGUAAUGAAAAUCCGCAAAGUUCUGAAUCGCUUGGAUAAACCACAUGGACUGUACCCCAACUACCUGAACCCAAACAGUGGCCAGUGGGGUCAGCAUUACGUGUCCGUGGGCGGUAUGGGUGACAGCUUUUACGAGUACCUGCUCAAAGCCUGGCUCAUGUCUGACAGGACUGAUGAGGAGGCUAAGAAGAUGUACUAUGAUGCCCUGCAGGCCAUCGAGACCAACCUGAUUAGGAAGUCCAGCGGCGGGCUGACGUACAUUGCCGAGUGGAAGGGGGGCCUGCUGGAGCACAAGAUGGGUCACCUGGCUUGCUUUGCCGGCGGCAUGAUUGCACUCGGAGCUGACGGGGCGCCAGGUGACAAGACGGGCCACCAGAUGGAGCAGGCCGCCGAGAUCGCGCGAACCUGUCACGAGUCUUACUCUAGAACUGCAUUAAAGCUGGGCCCGGAGGCGUUCCGCUUCGACGGAGGUGUGGAGGCCAUCGCCACUCGACAGAAUGAGAAAUAUUUCAUCCUGCGUCCCGAGGUCAUCGAGACCUACAUGUACAUGUGGAGGUUCACCCACGACCCAAAGUACAGGGACUGGGGCUGGGAGGCCGUCCAGGCCUUGGAGGAGCACUGCAAGUUGGACGGCGGCUACAGCGGCAUCAGGGACGUCUACGUUUCCACGCCCAACUAUGACGACGUGCAGCAGAGCUUCUUCCUGGCGGAGACGCUCAAGUAUCUCUACCUGCUUUUCUCCGAUGACGACCACAUUCCCUUCCACCACUGGGUCUUCAACACAGAGGCCCACCCUCUGCCCGUCAUUAGGAGCCAGCAGACGGAGCAAAACAACGAGGUGGAGUAACAAGAACCUUGGACCUGGUAGACCUGAGCCAACAUUUGGAAUUUCUCCUAACUGGAAUUGUAGUUUUGUUUUUUAAAUGGAUCAAAGUGGUCUUUCACUUCCAUUUGUCUUCUGUUGGAUACUUCACCCUCCCAAAGGGGGUCCAAUGUUUUCUUGAGGCUUGUGGACUGCGGCAGAUGUGAAGAUAACGCUAACCUCCAAAACAUUUUUUUAAAGGAGGAAGCCAUCUUUGUUUACACCCCGUCUUCUCCUCCCUAGGCCGUACCGCGUCAGUAUCGAUAGAGAAUGACACAUUUGUCGUUUGGCCUUCAAGACGGAUAUUGGACCUUUCUAUGAAAAAAAAAAAAAAAAAAAAGGAUGUCUUUUAAGAAGGAGGCGUGGCUUGGGAUUUGUAGCCCAACCCCCUCACAACCUGCCGGUAGCGUCACAUCCUGUGAUCGUGUUUACAAAAAGACGCCAUCUUCACUCUGCGUGCGAUUUUACGUUAAUCCAAUGUAUCCACGGAUACAGGUAACUGCCGAUGGAACUACUUUCACAAUGCUUGUCAAAAGACAAAAACCAACACUUGAGGGUGGGGGUGUCCAAACCAUCCAUCCAUCCAUUUCCUACCGCUUGUCUCUUUUGGAGUCGCGGUUGGUGCUGGAGACUAUCUCAGCUGUCCAAACCACAUACAGAAAAAAGGAUUUCUUAUUCUCCAAAUUUUAUUUUUUUAUUAAAAUCAAAGUACCCUAAUAAGUUGAAUAUUUCUGUAGCUGACAAAGUACAUAAAUAAUCAUGAUAUCGUAAUUAUUUUUAUUUAACAUUUUUCUGAACUUUUUGUUUUCUUUGCAGGCGUUUUUUCGUUAUUUUCAACAUUAUUAUAAAAUUAAAAUUGUAACUUUAAAUAUCAAAAUCAUCCAUCUAAUUUCUAGCGCUUGUCUCUUUUGGAGUUGCGGUUGGUGCUGGAGACUAUCUCAGCUGUCCAAACCACAUACAGAACAAAGGAUUUCAUAUUCUCCACUUUUUUUUAUUUUUUUUUAAAUUAAAAUCAAAGUACCCUAAGAAGUUGAAUAUUUCUGUAGCUGACAAAGCUCAUAAAUAAUCAAUAAAAUCAUCGUAAUCAUUAUUAUUUAACUUUUUUCUGAACUUUUAGUUUUCUUUGCAGCCGUUUUUUUGUUAUUUUCAACCUUCUUAUACAGUUAAAUUUGUAACUUUAAAUAUCAAAAUCAUCCAUCCAUUUCUACCGCUUGUCCCUUUUGGAGUUGCGGUUGGUGCUGGAGACUAUCUCAGCUGUCCAAACCACAUACAGAAAAAAGGAUUUCAUAUUCUCCACUUUUUUUUUUUUUUAUUAAAAUCAAAGUACCCUAAGAAGUUGAAUAUUUCUGUAGCUGACAAAGCAUAUAAAUAAUCAUGAUAUCAUUGUAAUCAUUUUUAUUUAACUUUUUUCUGAACUUUUUGUUUUCUUUGCGGGCGUUUUCUCGUUAUUUUCAACCUUAUACAGUUAAAAUUGUAACUUUAGAUAUCAAAGUGGUCCCUGCGUCCUUUGAUGUUUAGUAUCUGGACGUCUGUGGAGUACGUUUGGACACCCCCGAGUAACACCCAAAGACCUCGAUGCCCAGCGAGGUACAUAGUGGUUGUCUACCCUGCACCGUGAUGUAAUGUGCUCCUAAUGUUUUGGCCACUAACAUCAACAUAUUUCCCUCAGUUCGACUACUUUUUGGUUUUAGUCUCUUUAUUGAAGGAAAACUUUUUGGCGCUCUGUUUUUCUCCUACAAAUUCCGGUUUGAGUAACAGUACCCACUUGUUUUUUUUUAGGGUUUUUUUUGGCCUUUUUUGUUUUGGGAUGCCGGUUUUCUAAUUUAGGAGGUCUUUCUCUAUGAAGAGAGACACACACACAUGCAGGAAGCCAUAGUGUCCUGUUCUUGUAGUUCCGCUUCUCUCCACUGGAGGGUGCCACAUUACUCGCCAGAUGUUGUUUUUUUUUUUUGUGUGCCUUCGCUUAGGAAGCUGCUGCACGAACUACAGCUGCUGAUCAUUGGCGCUACUGUAGCUUUAAGAGAAAGGAUGCUCCCAAAACAAAACACAACAUUCAUCUUCACGUGGUAGUUGGUGAAGCCUAGCGGCGAACUUGAAACGUGCAGCUGAUUUGUUGUGUUGAGGCCAGUAUUGGAAAGUUGUACAACACUGACAUCUGGUGGCAGUAAGGCUGCAUUAUAGUGGAUCGUGUCAUGUAUUUCUUUGAAGGCACUAUCAAAUAUGUUAACACGAGAAAACACGUCCUGAACUCGUUAUAUCAUUCUUGAAAUAAACACUUUGUGUUUUUAGUGCAAUGUUUGCACCACCAGGGGACAGCAAAGGACCAAUAUUAGAAGCAAAAUGAUAAAAAUACGCAUAAAUGAUAGUUUUGAUUCUAACGGCAGGCUUAUUUUUUUUGUUUUCCAUUUGAAGAUACCUAAUGAACGGGAUCAUGUCAUUUGUUUACGUCAUCCGUUUUGUUUGAUAAUGUGAUUGACGAGAUUGCAACCGACGAUUCAUUUAUGUUGACUUUGUGUUUGUGUUCAUGCAAUGAUGCUUUUAUUGUGGUAAUUUAUUCAGGACGUGUUGUUGGUGUUGCAGCGCCGCAACCCGACCACCAGGGGUGCUCUUGCUGCGCUCUACGCAGUACCAAUGCCAUCAUUUUAGGAAUUAGUAGCGUUAGCGGCACAAACAACAUGUUGGUCAAAAGUGACGGCAGGAACAAGUGAGGAGUAAAAGAGUCGUGAAUGUACCGUCAAAUGUUUUCCUUUCAUCUCAGAGCACAAGUAAGAACUUUUGGGUCUUCUCGGUUUUUUAUCUAUUUCUUCGCCUUUCGUUGUCCUCUCUGUCGGACAGCGACCUCUAGUGUCCAUGCAGGAGAUGAAACGUCUUCCGUCACUUUUCCAAAGCGUUCACCUUUCAACUCAAAAGUAGCUUUAAUUUGAAUAGAUUUCAUCCUCUCAGCGUUGAUGAUCAUUUAAGUUAGUGGAGUUAACUUAAAUUAUAGUCAAUUAAUAUAAAUAUAUAUUUUAUAAAUGUAGUUUAGAAAAUAUAUGUAAUUUAAAAGAAAAAUUGGAAACAUGCAUCUGACAUUCAUUUUUAAAUGACCUUUUUUUUCUCUAAUUUUGUUUUGGAGGAAAUAUAACUUUUGUUUUCAGUAAAGAACAUUUUGUAAAGUCUUUAUUUUAAUUGUCAUAAGACAAUUGUUUCUGUUAAAUUAAUGAAUACAUUAUGUUGAUGUGACAACAAUCAUUCCAAUUCCCAUACUUAUGUUUUUGUUUGGUCUUCAUAUGCAAUAUUGUUCAUUUAUGGGAAAAUGUGUGUGUGUGUUAUUAUGAUUAUUGUGAAUGUCAUGGCAAAUUAUUGUAAAUAUUAUGUAGUGGCACAGAGGCCACUGGACAUUUCUAUAAAGAUAUUAAGUGGAUUCAAAUGAGAUUAAUGAGCUGCAGACUUUUUAAUAAACUAUAUUUGUUACACUUCUAUUGUGAAUUAAAACAAAAAAAUACAUUUUA